GUGGAUGAGAGAAGUGUGAGCACUGGGGUUUGUACGCAUAUCAGUUCAACCUCUUCAACAACCACCAUCUACACUCAGCAGCAAGACAUAGAACUACUAUGCAUUCACAUUCACUGAUAUGACAAUAAACGAUCUACGGGAAGACACCCGUCUAGACCGUCUUUCCUCCGCAGACAUCUCGGAGCACGUCUUCACGCUGUACUCCGAGCACAAGCCGCCGGAUUUGCAGAAUCUGGGGUAUUUCUCGCGCACGCUGAGUUUGCUGCCGGUCGAGUUGCGGGUGGUGCCGCAGUUGUUUGUUGAUGCGGGGAGAGAUGCGAAUGAGAAGGAAGAGGAGGGGGAGGUGGACGGCUUGACGGCUGAGCAAAAGAAGAGGCGCAGGAAUCGGAAGGUCCGGGGACAUAAUACCACUACCACCGCCGACGAGGUCACGCUAGAGUACGUCCUGCACCAGUCCCUAGAGCUGUUCAAUUCUCAAAAAGAAAACAGCACGACCGGCGCGGUACUUUGGCAAGUUUCUCCGCUGUUUGCAGAGUGGGUUCUCACACCCGGCACGCCCUUCCACUCGCUCUUCAGAGCAGACGAAAGUGUCCAGCCUCGAGUUAUCGAGAUUGGCGCAGGGGUAGGCGGCAUUCUCGCCUGCGCAUUGAGUAUUCCUAUGUUUGUAGCGUCGGCCGUCGCGGAGGGAAAUUCUCAAUUGCAGACCCGGCGCUCGGGGGGUCUGUAUGUUGCAACGGAUCAGGCGCAUAUUCUACCCUUUCUGCGCAAGAAUAUCGCGAGUAAUCUACCAGUCACGCAGGAGGCUGUCGCUCACGCUAUGCACAGCGGCAGCAAACCUCUUCCAUCGUUCAACUCACUCACCUUACCUGCCGCUCACCCCCCGCCCGACGCGAAAUCUCAUGCACAUACCCCCCACAAACAUCCCAAACACAAAUCAACACCUCCUCCCGAUCUUGACGCCAGCUCAAAAACCAUCGCCCACCCCUCGAUCGAAGUCCUCGAACUCGAUUGGGAACACGCCGACGCCGACGUCAGGUACAUCAAAGACGUGCUCUCUGUAUCUGAAUUCGACGUCGUCGUCGCGUGCGACACAAUUUACAACGAUUUCCUGAUCGCGCCGUUUGUGCGGACUUUGAGACUACUCGCGAGCGCGAGGACGCAUGUGUUGGUGGGGAUGCAGAUGCGGGCGCAUGAGGUUGUAGAGGCGUUUUUGGAUGAGGUUAUGGAGGUUGGGGGGUUUGAUGUGUGGGUGGUCAGGCCGGAAUUUCUUUCGGAGAAGAUGAGGGAUGGGUUUGUUAUUUACUAUCUACGGAGGGCGGGGGAUAAUAGUUGACUCUAGUUGGAUUGAAAAUAUAUACACUGAAAAGUAAACACAACACAA